UAUGGUUAGGCCAUCCCGGAGAUCUUUCUUUCGUCCCUGUAAACAUUGUGACGAAUCAAUAAAAAGCUUCGUGUGUUGUCUCAAAAAAAAAACCAGCAGGAGGCGGCGGAGGCCUGCGUUCAUUGAUCCCCUUUGACCCCGACUCCCACUCCAAUUCGAUUUCAUCUUCCCACCCAACACGGAUCGAUCGUGCCAAUCCACCCAAUAAAUCCAUCCACGCACACACCCGCCGAGACGAAGCAAAGAUUUGUGAUCCAUCCCGCUUGAACAAGGCAAUCGAUUUGUGAUCCGAUGGCCGAUUACGGCUAUCCCGACGGCGGCGGCGAAGAGAAGGACAUGCAGUGGCCACCGGCUCCUCCCGCCUACGGCUACCCCGACGACGACGGCGGCGGCAAGCGGCCGCCCUUCGUCCUCAUCGAUCCAAAGGCCUACUUCGCCGACCGCAAGAACGCCACCACCGCCUUCUGCGAUAUGAAGGCCCCCAAGCUCAAGGGCCGACUCCAGGUCACCUUCUGCGCCGUCGCCCCGCCGCUCGUCUCCUACUUCUGCGUCCACGCCACCCACAUGGACCACACCGAGUUCGCCGUAUCGCCCUUCAUCGUGGCCACCGAGACCGACGGCGGCCUCGUCCUCCUAUGCGUCGUCGCCGGUAAGCAUCCAACCGAUGCCCAGCUUCUCCGAAAUCGCCAAUACUUCGUCUACGACGCCUGCGACUGCCAACUUUACCACCUCCCGCACCCUGGCCCCCAACACGAAAUCAACGGCUUCUCGCUCGCCAUCAUGCGCGAGCCCAACAAAGGCACCGGCACCUGCAACCUACACCCCCAUGGACAGGCAGAGUUCGGUCACUUCGUCGUUGCCGCACAAGCUCGCUUUUUCUGGGGUAAAGAAUCUCCUCAGCUCUGCAUCUAUCACUCUGCUACCAAGACCUGGAGCAAGAAGCCGGUGGUGAUAGAUUCAUCUCCACAAAAACACUCCACAACCAAGACAUUCACCAUUGGAGGACCCAAGGGCACCGUGGCCUGGGUGGAUCUCUGCCGCAACAUCAUCUUCUGCGACGUGCUUGCCGAACGCCCCAAGCUCAGCUGCCUGAAUCUGCCACCGCCCCUCAGGCCCCGCCCCAACGUCGGGGCUGGCGAUCCAAGGUCUCAUCGCAACAUUGCGGUCCUUGGCAACACCAUCAAGUAUGUCGAGAUGCUGCCUCACCCCGACAGAAGCUCCUCUACACACCCCUCCCAUCGUUGGGAGGUCGCGGCAUGGAGCAUCCAGAAGGCAAAUCGGUCCUGGCCCAAGGACUGGCACACCGAAUGCAACCUCGAUUCCACCCAUAUAAGGGUUGAUUCUGGUACCACAGCGGCUGCCCUCCCAACCUUGUCGACUCUCCACGUUGGCCUGCCCACCGUCAGCCUGCAGAAUGAUGCCAUUAUUUACUUGCUCGCCAAGAUUGACUACCGCCAAAGCGAACACACAGCAUGGGUGCUUGCUGUUGACAUGCAGACCAAGACUGUCACGCAAGUGGCUGAGUUUUGCGCCGAGAGGACUCUUGGUUUAGCCUUGGGCUUCGACGCAAGUAGCAUCUCGGCAUAUCUCCAAACUGCUCCAGGUACACAGCGAAUACCUAAACGACCAGGGGUGCCGUUGAUGAAAUGCCCUAGCAAGAAGCAGAGUAAAGAUGCUUGAGAUCAUAAAGAAGACGAUGCCAUGGUGAUUUUUUCUUCAUGAGGUUGCAUGGAAGCUGUAUGACCUGCGAUUGGUGCCGGGUAUCAGUGGAGGGGGUAGUGGAUUAUCAUGUCUGCUGGUCUGCCCCUUCCUUUGUCUGUCUUUUGUUUAUUUUAGGAUUAUUAUGGCCCUCUAGACCCUGUUCUAGAGUUCCUUUCUUCAUUAUCUCACCGCCUACUCUACCGGCUUGUCUAUAAUACAAGCUGUAUUAUUAAAACUGUCUAUGAACUAUAUAUUAUGUCAGUUGUAGUACCCCCUUCUGUUUUCUGUUCCCCGCGGUUGUCUUCUGUUAACAUCAUAACCUGCUGUUACCAUCAUACCUGUGGAGAGUUGGGUGAGUAUUGUUUCUGACAUGUGUUGUCAGUGACGCAACAUCUCCAUUUGGGUGGGUGGGGAAUUUAUUAACAUUUUGAGCUAUG